AGGUGGAAAAUCCAAGGAGUUAGAAGUCCCAGGCCCGUGCUUGCUGUGUGACUUCAGGGCGCCUAGUGAACUGGUUACUUCAUCGUAUGCUGACCUGUUCCCCACAGCAUAGAGACCGACUACUAGGUUGUCUUUCUUAAGAUGUUCUUGAAUGAAAGAAGUAAAGACUAGAAGAGGAGGAGGAAGACUUGGGUAAGGAAGGCACACGACUUUGACCUGCCCAACCAGGGAGAACAGAAUGCUGCUCUUCUGCCACCUUCUAGCUGUGGCCAUUCUUCAGAUCUUGAUCAUCUCAGAGAACUGGGUGUUUGCUAAGAACAUCAACUUCUACAAUGUGAGGCCCCCUCUUGAUCCCACACCAUUCCCGAACAGUUUCAAGUGUUUUACUUGUGAAAAUGCAGCGGACAAUUAUAACUGCAAUCGAUGGGCAGAAGACAAGUGGUGUCCGCAGGACACACAGUAUUGUUUGACGGUUCAUCACUUCACCAGCCAUGGAAGAAGUACAUCCAUCACUAAAAAGUGUGCCUCUAAAAAUGAAUGCCAUUUUGUUGGCUGCCGACACAGCCGAGAUUCAGAACAUACGGAGUGUAGGUCUUGCUGUGAAGGAAUGAUCUGCAAUGUAGAGUUGCCCACCAACCACACAAAUGCAGUCUUCGCUGUAAUGCACGCGCAGAGGACGUCUGGCAGCAGUGUUCCCGGUGUCCCCAGACCCUCCCUCCUGGUGCUGGCCUGGGUCUUCAUGCUUCCCUUGCUAUGAUGUUGCUGUUCCCAAAAGGAGCAGAGACCAGCAAUGUAAUGGACAGAAACAGUGGAGCAGCAAGCUCUGGAGCGAGGGCCCAUAUUGCACUUGAUAAAGAAGACACAAUGGACUGCAAAGUAGAAGGCAAAGGUUUGCUUUGCUGAAAUGCUCCUGCAUGAGGUCACAGCAUGGAGCAUGAGGACUUGGUAGGAACCAAGAGGACUACCUACCUUCCAGUGUUCUGGUCUAGGGAUGCUGCAUUCUAUAAGUUCUACAGGAGAUCCGACCAGUAUUGUUGACAGCAACCGUAGCUUGAUAAGCCCUGGCCUGACCAGGCCUUCACCUGGAAGGACUUUUUGACCUCAUGAACUCCCUCAGAGGCUGCUGGAUCAGACUCUCUAGUUUCUGUGGCUAGCUCAGAGCAUCUCUGAGAUGUAACCCUUCUGCCCAUGGGAAAGCAGUCUCUACUGUGUUAAUGUUCCAUUACUGUAACAAGUACCUGAGACGAUCCAUUUAUAAAGAUAAAUGGUUUGUUUGGGCUCACAGUUUUGGAGAUUGCAGUAUAUACUGGUUUAGGGCCUAUGUUAAGAGAGUGAGUAGCCACUCAGAAUAGAAACUUGAAAGGGGGAGAGGAUGAGCUGGAGAGAUGUCUCAGCAGUUAAGGGCAGUGACUGAUCUCCGGAAGGAGCCAGGUUUGAUUCUCAGCACUCAUAACUGAUAACUCCAGUGCCAGGAGAUCCAUUACUCUCUUCUGGCCUCUGUGAGUACUGCAGAUGCACAGACAUACAGGCAGGUAAAACACCCAUAUACAUAGUUCUUUCCUUUAUUAUAAAGAAAACAGAAAAAGAGAAAGAAUCAGGGGUGGGAAAGAGAGCAUGCACAUAAGAUUCUACAGUACCCUUCAAGGUCACGUUCCCAAUGUCCUAAAUCCUACUAGACCCCAUUUCCUAAAGACUCAACCACCUCCUUAAUGGCACCAAUGGGCUGAGGACCAAAACUUUAACCCUGUAACAGUCAAGAUUCAAACAAUAGUGCCCACUAACCACCUAGUCAAUGUAAAAGGCAGCUGUAGGAGGGCAAUUUCCAGUUAAAAUUCUACGACUCCAUUUGCCAGUUACGGGGUGGUUGGGGGUGGGGUGCAAACCUUUGAGUUCUAUAGUGUAAUGCAUGCUGCGUGUUUCUUGACAACGUGGAGGCCUCUAAUGAAGCACAUUUACCAGUGUCACUAAAUUUGUGUUUCCAGGCACCAUGGGUGAUACAUGCUGUCUGAACGAAUAAAAUUUUAUGAUGAUGUGA